AUGAGCAUAGACCGUAUAGAAAAAGCAGGGCUGAAGAUCCAGAGUCUCGAAUUCAAAUCGCCCGGGAUUUUCACCAACUCACUUCUUAAAAAUGUCGUAACUACACAUAUAAUACGAGAUAUAGAACCUACAGAAGUACCAUUUGUCAAAGGCAAAACAGCAGCUGAAGUUGAUAAUGACACGCCUGAAAAUGCCGCCCUAUUGGAGAGCCUGGUAUGUCCCACGGCCGGCCAAUCAGGUGUGUCUGAGAGCAGGAGACACUUGUUACAUGAAAAAGUUGGAAUUUGGUGGAAACUUUCGAGACUUUUGGGUAAAGAUCUUGAGUUACUCGAUAGUCCACCACCUGGAUAUCCACAGGAUGAUGAUCCCAAAGAGCUAAUACGGUGUAUUGAUGAGCUUGAAGAUCGAAUAAAGCGACUUUUAGAUGUGUCAAAGCCUGAUGAAAGGAUGUGCGGGCAUAUUGAUGAUCAGAUGGCCAAGGCACGUCAAUUGCAAAAGGAGAUAUGUGAUUUGGAGAAUGUUGUGAAUGCCGACAGGGCGGAAUUAAGGAGGUUGACGAUAUCGGAAUGA